AUGAUUUAUUUGCUAUUUUGUUUAUGUCUAUUUCUGACAUAUUGUGCUGAAAUUGAUGUGAAUACUUUUAGUAAUUACAUAGAAGUGAGUUAAGAGCAUGUUCAUAUCGAAUGGCUUCUUGAUUUAGAUCAAUAAUAUAUAAAUGCAACAAGUCAAUAAAUUUUUAGAGUUAAUAGUAAUAAGCUUGAAAAGGUAAUGAAAUAUAAAUUAUAAAUAAGAUUGAUUUAGAUAUUUAUCAAUUGGAUAUAAUUGUAGUAUAUUUACCUUCUUCUGGAAAUAUUUUAAAACAUAAUGUGAUAAAUUAAGGAGAUCAAUCACUUUUAUAAGGAGAUAUACUAUAAAUAAAGUUAGAUAGAGUAUAUACAAGAGGAGAAUAUAUAAAAUUAAAUAUAAGAUAUAAUUUGGAUUCAAAAGGGGCAAGAGCAUUGGGAUUUUUGAGAAAAGAGUAAACUUAUAGUAAAUAAGUUCCAUAUUUAUUUUCUUAAUGUGAAGAUAAUAAUUGUAGAUCAAUGAUUCCUUUAUAAGAUACUCCAAGUGUAAAAAUAUAUUUUACAGCAAGUGUAUUAGUAAAGGAUGCAAGAAUAAAUGUCUUUAUGACAGGUAAUAAAUUAUAAGCCAUGAAAUUUAAACUAUUAAAUAAUUAUGAUAAUUUAUAAGCAUUAACAUUAUAUCAAUUUGAAUUAGAUAUUAAGAUUCCAGCAUAUUUGAUAGGAAUAAUAGCAGGUGAAGUAGUUGAAAAAUCAACAGGAAAUUAAACAUAUGUGAUAGCAGAGCCUCAUUUUAUUGAUGAUUAUGCAUAAGAGUUAUCUGAUUUACCAAUAUAUAUGAAUGAGAUGUAGAAAUAUAUAGGACCAUAUAUAUGGGGAGAUUAUAAAAUAGUUAUAUUACCAGCAUCUUUUCCAUUUGGAGGAAUGGAACAUCCUUUAUUAACUUUUGCUAGUCCAACUAUUAUUGUUGGUGAUAAAAGUGGUGUUAGUACAGCUAUUCAUGAAAUUGCACAUUCUUGGGUUGGUAAUACAGUAACAGGAAGAAAUUGGGCAAACUUUUGGAUUAAUGAAGGAUUUUGUGUAUUUCUAGAAAGAAAGAUUUUAUCUAGAUUAAAUGGAUUAGAUUCAGUUAAAUUAGAUGCUAUUAAUGGUAAUUCAAGUGCAUAUACUUCUAUGUAAACAUUUGGUUUAGAUAAUUCAUUUUCUAGUAUGCAUCCAAAUACUAAGAAUAGAAAUCCUGAUGAAGCAACUAGUCGUGUUCCUUAUGAAAAAGGUUAUUAAUUAUUAACUUAUUUGGAAACUUUAAUUAAAGAAGAUCCAUUUUAAUCAUUUUUAAGAGAUUACAUUCAACAUUUUAAAUUUUAAAGUAUUGACGAAGAUUAACUUUAUUAAUUUUUAUUAAAUUGGGUUAGAACAAAUAAAGGAGAUGAUGCUUAGAAAAUCAUUACAGAUAUUUAAACUAUAUGGAAAGAUUGGGUUUAUAAACCUGGAUUAUCACCUAUUUAAAUUGAUGUUUAAACUCCUUUAUUUACUAAUGCUAAUAAUUUAGCUAAAGCAUGGAUAGAUGGAUAAGGAUAAGUUCCAGAAUAAGCAGAUGAUUUUCUACAAUAUAAACCUAACCAAAAGAGUGUAUUCCUAUAAUAUUUAAUUGAUAAUUCUGAACUUGUUUAAAAAACUGUUUUGGCAACCAUGGAUCAAAAAUAUGUAUUGACUUUCUAUAAAGAUUAAAAAAUUGCUUAUAAAUGGUAUAGAUUAGUUUUGUUAGUUGAAUAUAAAGAAGCACUUGAAGGAGUUCAUGAUUUUGUCUCUAAAGUUGGAGUAUCAAGUUAUUUAAAAGUAUUAUAUGAUUUAUUGGGUUAUCAUUAUAAGUAAUUAUAUAUUUAUAUAUAUCUAAGCGAAGAAGCCUAUGCAUGGUUUGAUGAAAACAAAACCUUUUAUCAUCCUGUUGUUGUUUAAGCUAUUGAAAAAAUAUUAUAAAAAUAUCCCAAGAAAAUUAUUUUAGAGUGAACAUAUUUAUACAAGGA